ACCCUGCUCAUUCCCCAACCUACUUCCAGCUCUUCACAUCUGUGCUAACGAAUCAACAGGAAGAAUGCGCUUCGGUCUAUUCCUAGCGCUGCUUCUGGCCGCCUGCGGGGAUCUCAUACUUGCCGAGAGAUCGACACUGGAAGCUGACUCGAUUCACACGAACUUCCGGGGUGAAAACUCGCAGAGGAACAUUGCCCACAGGAAGUUGGCUAACGAGGCAACAUUCGGCGUGGAGGAUGAAGAGCGAGUACUCAGCAGGCUCAAAGACUUUGUGCAAAGGAACACCCAGAGCAUUAAGCUCUUCCAGAGGAAUCCUGCUGCGAUCAAGGAAGUCGAGAAUUUGAAGAACAGCCCUGUGGUCGCUCAAAGCCUCAACUCUUUUAAGGGCGACCCUGCUAUGGUGCAGAAGCUGAACACGUUGAAGAAGCACCCCGAGGUCCUCACGUCCUUACAAAAUGCCCCCGCUGCACAGAGUAUCAACAAGCUCCAGACGUACUUUACGGGAGGCAAAUCGCGUGGGUACUACGUACUACGUAGUAGUAAGCUAGUACUAUCCAAAGUGGUGGCUGUGAAAGCCUCACCCAGAGCACACUACAAAACCAACAUUACAACCAAAUCAGAAGGCAAGAUGCCAACAGAGCCGAAGCAUACGGUGGUGGCGCGAUCGCGCGUCCUUGAUGCCUUCAAACAGGGCUACGAUUGGCUGCUGGUUGCCUUUCACAACGGGAUCCCUGCCACUACUGCUCAUCGUAUUGAGGCUAGGGGAUCCCCGGAGGGGAAGGUGAGAGGAGGAGCGCAACCCAAUUGA